GGCGCUCUUUCUCUCUCAUUCAAUGUACAGUUCAUCUUACAAUGCGAAAUGCGACGUACCGGCACGUUCAACAACGUGAGCUUUCGCUCAAUAAUGUUUUAGAGCAUCAACUUGCAAUUCCAGUUCCCGUUCUGAGAUAGUUAAUCUCUGAGCCCUCCCUCUCUCACUCACUCACUCUGUUUUUCCGCCACAUAUGGACGCCAAAGCUCGUCUCGAUUAUGCUCUCUUCCAGCUCACCCCAACUAGAACCAGAUGUGAUCUUGUGGUCUUUUCUGGAGGCAUUACUGAGAAACUAGCUUCUGGAUUAUUUGACCCUUUUGUUUCUCACCUCAAAUCAUUGAAAGAUGAGAUCUCAAAAGGUGGGUACUCGAUCAAGCUUUGCCCACCCGCCCAUGCUGCACCCUGGUUCACCAAAGGCACAGUCGAAAGAUUUGUGCGCUUUGUAAGCACACCGGCACUUCUUGAGAGGUUUGUCAGCAUAGAAAGAGAGAUCUUGCAGAUUGACAGUUCAGUUCAAGCUAAUGAACCAUCCAAUACCCAUGUCCAUGGGCAAUUGGUGAUAGGAAGUGUUUUAGCUUGUAAUGGUCAUACAAAGAAGCCUCCUGAUCCCCCCAAGCUAAAAUCUGAAGUAGAACACACAGAUGAUGAUGUGAAAGAAGAAAGCUCCAGGAUUCACCUCCAACGCCUUUUAGUUACUCGGAAAACUUUCCUUCGGAAAGAGCAGGCAAUGGCUUAUGUGUGUGGUAUUGUUGCUGGAUUUGAAAUGGACAAUAUAGAUGAUCUCAUUUCCUUUGCAGGUGCCUUUGGAGCGUUGCGUUUAAGGGAAGCAUGCAUUAAUUUCAAAGAUUUGUGCAAGAAAAAGGAUGCAGAUGGUCUUUGGAUGGAGGAAUUAACAGCCAUGCAAGCAUGCUCCCCGCCAGAACUUUCAUUUGUGGAAGCAUCUGGAAUUGUAUUGACGAAUGUAAUAAGUGCCCACAAUCAACGUGCUGCGUUAGACUCAUCCAAAGGUAGUGUCUCUACCAUUAAAGGUGUGCCAAAUGAGUCUUUGGAUACAUCAAAAUCUGGCUCUUCUACAAGUCAAGCAAAUUUACACAGCAAAAAAGAUAAUACUUUGCCAUCAGAUCAGAUACCAUCCUCUACUGCAAAAUUACAAUUGCCUAUGCCAUGGACGAACCAAAUUCCUCCAUAUAUAUACAAUUUCCAAAUUCCCAUCCAACAAAUACCUCCACAUCAAGGAUAUCCUUUCCCUUCUAUGCAAUCUGUUCCCCACAAUGCAAAUAAUAUGCAGUGGCCACGACCCAAUUAUCAUAGGAAUCAGAAGUCAUAUUCAGUGGGGAGCAAGAAAAACUUUCCAAAAAAAAAAGAAGUUGUAUAUUCAGAAGAAGACAGACAAACAGAGUCCAGUGACUCUGAUUCUGGGAGCGAUUCAGAUUCAAAUUUACCACAAGACAGACAGAAUUCUUUAAUGGAGCAUUCAUACGAAAAAGAAUGCAAGAAGAAGUCCUCCAGAACAGUUUUCAUUCGUAAUAUCAACUAUAUCAGUCCUAAGAGUACAGAUGGGGACAGGGGUGGAGUCUCAGUUGAAACUUCUGCAGAUGAAGAAUUAAUUUAUGGAGAUUCACUUAAACAGGAGAUAGAGGAUUCGAUUGGAUCAUCUAAGAAGAUACAUAACUCAAACUCACGUAAUGAGAAGACAAGGGGUUUGGAUAAGAGCUGCCACAGUUUGAACCAGUCAAGUGAUGCUGCUGACCAGGAUCUUCUUAACGAUCUGAUCACAGAUUCUUCUAACGGAGAGAGAAGAAAUGAGAACUGGGAUUCUUUUCAGAACAUUUUGAUGAAAGAUGAUGAGACUCAUACUAGAGGGAUGGAAAAGCUGCAUCUGAUAAAUGUUCAGAAUGAGCAUUGUACAGUCGCAAACUCCGAAGAUGAAACGUCAAUCUCAUUCAAACCUGUUGUUGAAAAAGCUCCAAACCGACUGACAGCUGCAGCUGAUUCCUUUGUUGCAACUGAGAGGAUGAGUGAAAGUGAUGGUAGAGUUGAAUUGGAAGAUUUUGAAAACAGCAAGAAUUUCCAUCAUGUUAUAAAGAGGAGGGACUCUGCAGAUGAGGAACUAGUAAUUCCCCAGAGAUUGGAAGAGUCAGGAACUGGACUUGAGAUUACAUUAUCUAAUUGUUCAGCUGAGAGGACAAUAAUCAAGACUGGGAGGACAGAAGAUUGGUUUAUUAUCAAUAACUCAGGAAUGCCAGAAAACCAGGAAGUAAACAUCCAGCGAAUGGUCCUUGAUGAGGAUUGCAUUGUGUCAUUAGAAGGCGAUUGCCCCCACACCGAGAAAAGUAGAAUAGGGACACUUCUUGAUGAUUCUUUCAUGAUAGAGACUCGAUCGGCAGUUGAUAAUCUGUAUGACUCGCAAUGGAAAACAGACAUAUGUAUGGAGACUGAUAUGACUUUAGCUGCCCACUCGGAAAACAGAACUCCAGAUAUUUCGCUAGUGAAGCAUGAAGUAUCUAAUGCCUAUGAUCCAGGUGAUCUUUGUGUGAUAUUUGAACGAGAUUCCAGAAGGGAUUUUGCUGAGUUUUCUUUGAGUAUGAACUAUGGAGUUGACAUCUCACUCACGGAAGCUAAUGGAAAAUGCUCUGGUGCUGGAACAAGUGACCAUGUGGACCAGAAGCUUCCUUUGAAUUGUAAGAGCACCAGUGUCAAUAACAGUGAAGCUACUGGAACAAAAUACCCCAGUAAAGAAGCAAGAUCAAAGGUUUUAGGUGGAGCUCUAGGAAAAAGCAAAUAUCAGAUCAUGUCCAAAAGCAAGAAACCAUCUCCUGUGAGCAGGCCCAUUGUCCAGAAUAGCAAAUUGGAGAAGGAAGAAGAAAUCCGGAAAAAGAUGGAAGAUAUGUUGAUCCAGCGCCAGAAAAGAAUUGCUGAAAAAACUGCAGCUGGUCAUUUUGCUCCAACCACAUCAAAGAAAGUCGUAUCACAAAGUAAAACAAUGAAAAGUUCCUUUAAGAGUGAAAAGAUAAUUUCCACAACUAGUAAUACAAACAGGAUUGGUUCUGUCAAAAUCAGUGCUACUUAACAAAUGCAAGCUUGAGAAGAAGAUUAUGUAGUGGUUGCACAGAAGCAGAAGCCCCUGUUAACCAUGACAAAGCAUUACUUGGUGCUUCUCUAAUUUUGAAAGGGUUUUCUGUACAGUUCAACGGCACCAUUACCAACCAAUGUGAUGGAAA